AUGUCGGGCUAUCCCGCUGGUGGAGGUGGAGCAGCCGGCGGCGCUGCCGGCGGCCACGGUCACCAGGACUAUGACGGCUAUGGUCAGCAAGGCCAGAAUGAUGCGUACUACGACGACCACAAUGGCCAGUACUACGACAAUGACUAUGCCCAGCAAGGCCAGCAAGGCCAGCACGGCAACUACAACGACGGCUACUACGAUGAAUCUGGCUACUACAACGCGGAUCCGAACAACCCGUACCAACAGGAUGGCGGAUACUACGAUGGCCACGACCAGUACCAGGGCGAGUACUACGACGAUGGCAACGGUGGCUACUACGACCAGGGCUACAAUGAGCGCCGCGGCGGUGAGGAUGACUCCGAAACAUUCAGCGACUUCACUAUGAGGUCGGACAUGGCCCGAGCAACCGACAUGGACUACUACGGGCGUGGUGAUGAGCGGUACAACAGUUACGGAGACGGCGCUCGCGGCUUCAGGCCCCCUUCCUCCCAGGUUUCCUAUGGUGGCAAUCGAUCAUCUGGCGCGUCGACACCCAACUAUGGCAUGGACUAUAAUAACGUUCUGCCUAAUGGUCAGCGUUCGAGAGAGCCAUACCCAGCCUGGACAUCUGAUGCGCAAAUCCCGCUCUCCAAGGAAGAAGUCGAGGACAUUUUCAUGGACCUGACCUCGAAGUUUGGUUUUCAACGUGACAGCAUGCGGAACAUGUACGACCACUUCAUGGUUCUGCUCGACUCCCGUGCCUCUCGUAUGACACCGAAUCAGGCGCUACUGUCGCUCCACGCCGACUACAUUGGUGGAGACAACGCCAACUACCGCAAGUGGUACUUUGCUGCCCACCUUGAUCUGGAUGAUGCGGUCGGCUUCGCCAACAUGAAGGGCAAGAAGGCGCGCAAGUCCAAGAAGAAGGGCAAGGGGGACCAGAAUGAGGCAGAGACCUUGGAUGAUCUCGAGGGCGAUGAUAGCCUCGAGGCAGCCGAGUUCCGCUGGAAGAGUCGGAUGAAUCGUAUGUCUCAGCACGACCGUGUCCGCCAGAUCGCGCUCUAUCUUCUCUGCUGGGGUGAGGCCAACCAGGUCCGGUUCAUGCCGGAGUGCCUCUGCUUCAUCUUCAAGUGCGCAGACGACUACCUGAACUCACCGGCCUGCCAAAACUUGGUAGAGCCCGUGGAAGAAGGCACAUUCCUGAACAACGUCAUCACCCCUCUGUACCAGUACUGCAGAGACCAGGGCUACGAAAUCCUGGACGGCAAAUAUGUCCGCCGGGAACGCGAUCACAACCAAAUCAUUGGCUAUGAUGAUUGCAACCAGCUCUUCUGGUACCCCGAGGGUAUCGAACGCAUUGUCAUGGAGGACAAGAGCAAGCUUGUCGAUGUCCCGCCUCAAGAGCGAUACCUCAAGUUGAAGGACGUCAACUGGAAGAAGUGCUUCUUCAAGACCUACAAGGAGACCAGAUCUUGGUUCCACAUGCUUGUUAACUUCAACCGCAUCUGGAUCAUUCAUCUGACCAUGUUCUGGUUUUACACCUCCCACAACGCACCAGCUCUCCUUGUUGGCAAGGGCAUUUACGAACAGCAGCUCGACCAGUCUCCGCCUCCAUCGACCCAGUGGUCCAUUGUUGGUGCCGGCGGUGCUCUUGCCGCUCUCAUCCAGAUCUUGGCUACUUGUGCUGAGUGGGCAUAUGUCCCACGUCGGUGGGCUGGCGCUCAACAUUUAACCAAGCGUCUACUCUUCUUGAUCCUGGUCUUCAUUGUCAACUUGGCGCCCAGUAUCUAUGUCUUCGGGUUUCCAAAGCAGCAGAACAGCCAGCCAGCACUGAUCCUCGGAAUCGUCCAGUUCUUCAUUGCUCUCAUCACAUUCAUCUUCUUCUCUGUCAUGCCGCUUGGAGGGCUGUUCGGAAGCUACCUGACGAAGAACUCACGCCAGUAUGUCGCCAGCCAGACAUUCACUGCCAUGUGGCCAGCACUCCGUGGCAACGACCGUGCAAUGUCGUAUGGCCUGUGGGCGCUCGUCUUCGGUGCGAAAUUUGGUGCAUCUUACGGAUACCUGACGUUGUCGUUCCGCGACCCUAUCCGGUACCUGUUCAUCAUGAAUGUUGAUUCAUGCCUGGGCGAUAUGUGGCUGAAAGGCAUGAUCUGCAAGCAUCAACCCUUGAUUCUGCUUGGUCUCAUGGCCUUCACAGAUCUGAUUUUCUUCUUCCUCGACACCUACCUGUGGUACGUACUGGUCAACACAACUUUCUCCGUGGCCAGGUCGUUCUACAUUGGAUCCUCCAUCUUGACUCCAUGGAGAAACAUCUUCUCUCGCCUGCCUAAGCGGAUCUACUCAAAGAUUCUCGCAACGACGGACAUGGAGAUCAAAUACAAGCCAAAGGUCCUCAUCUCCCAGAUCUGGAACGCCAUUGUCAUUUCCAUGUACCGCGAGCACCUUCUUGCGAUCGACCACGUUCAGAAGCUUCUCUACCACCAGGUUCCUUCGGAGCAGGAGGGCAAACGCACGUUGCGCGCCCCUACUUUCUUCGUCUCUCAGGAAGACCACUCCUUCAAGACGGAAUUCUUCCCAACCCACAGCGAGGCUGAACGUCGUAUCUCAUUCUUCGCACAGUCUUUGUCGACUCCCAUUCCCGAGCCUCUCCCGGUGGACAACAUGCCCACUUUCACGGUCUUUAUUCCUCACUACAGUGAGAAGAUUCUUCUGUCGCUCCGUGAGAUUAUUCGCGAGGACGAGCCGUACUCUCGCGUUACCAUGCUGGAGUAUCUCAAGCAGCUUCAUCCUCACGAGUGGGAUUGCUUUGUCAAGGAUACCAAGAUUUUGGCGGACGAGACAUCUCAGUUCAAUGGCGAGGACGAAAAGGCUGGCAAGGACACCGCCAAGAGCAAGAUCGACGAUCUUCCCUUCUAUUGCAUUGGUUUCAAAUCAUCGGCCCCCGAGUAUACGCUGCGCACCCGUAUCUGGGCGUCCCUGCGCUCUCAGACCCUGUACCGCACAAUCUCUGGCUUCAUGAACUACAGCCGUGCCAUUAAGCUGUUGUAUCGUGUCGAGAACCCUGAGGUCGUUCAGAUGUUUGGUGGCAACUCGGACAAGCUUGAGCGCGAGCUUGAGCGCAUGGCUCGCCGCAAGUUCAAGCUCGUCGUUUCCAUGCAGCGCUACGCCAAGUUCAAGAAGGAUGAGAUGGAGAACGCGGAAUUCCUUCUCCGUGCUUAUCCUGACCUGCAAAUCGCAUAUCUCGACGAAGAGCCACCUGUGAAUGAGGGAGAGGAACCCCGCUUGUACUCUGCCCUGAUUGACGGCCAUUCUGAGAUCAUGGAGAACGGCAUGCGCCGACCAAAGUUCCGCGUCCAGCUCUCCGGCAACCCUAUCCUUGGUGAUGGUAAAUCCGACAACCAGAACCACGCUGUCAUCUUCUACCGUGGCGAGUACAUCCAACUCAUCGAUGCCAACCAGGACAACUACUUGGAGGAGUGUCUCAAGAUCCGAUCCGUUCUGGCCGAAUUCGAAGAGAUGAAGACUGACAACGUUUCCCCAUACGCGCCUGGUGUCAAGAAUGAAGGACCGGCUCCGGUUGCCAUCCUCGGCGCUCGCGAAUACAUCUUCUCCGAGAACAUUGGCGUGCUUGGUGACGUCGCUGCCGGCAAGGAACAGACCUUUGGCACACUUUUUGCCAGAACUCUCGCCCAAAUCGGUGGCAAGCUGCAUUACGGUCAUCCCGAUUUCCUCAAUGGUAUCUUCAUGACUACCAGGGGCGGUGUCUCCAAGGCCCAGAAAGGCUUGCAUCUGAACGAAGAUAUCUACGCCGGUAUGAAUGCCCUCCUGCGUGGUGGGCGCAUCAAGCACUGCGAGUACUACCAGUGCGGCAAGGGUCGUGAUUUGGGCUUCGGAUCCAUUCUCAACUUCACCACCAAGAUCGGAACAGGCAUGGGUGAGCAAAUGCUCUCUCGCGAGUAUUAUUACCUUGGCACUCAGCUUCCACUGGAUCGCUUCCUGUCGUUCUACUACGCUCAUCCUGGUUUCCACUUGAACAACAUCUUCAUCAUGAUGUCGGUUCACAUGUUCCUGAUUUGCUGCGUCAACUUUGGUGUCAUCCGCAACCAGACAAUCAAGUGUAACUACAACGUCAACGUCCCCAUCACCGAUCCGCUCUUCCCUACUGGCUGUCAGAACACGGAUGCCAUCAUGGACUGGAUCUACCGCUCCAUCGUUUCCAUCUUCUUCGUCCUGAUCCUGUCCUUCGUUCCCCUCGUUGUACAGGAACUUACAGAGCGAGGUUUCUGGCGCGCUGCCACGCGCUUGGGCAAGCACAUCUGCUCGUUCUCGCCGCUCUUCGAAGUCUUCGUUUGCCAGAUUUAUGCAAACUCGGUCACACAAGAUUUGACGUUCGGCGGCGCUCGCUACAUCGGUACCGGUCGUGGUUUUGCCACCGCUCGCAUUCCCUUUGGUGUGCUCUACUCUCGAUUCGCUGGCCCAUCAAUCUACUUUGGUGCUCGCCUCGUUUUGAUGUUGCUCUUCGCAACAUUGACGAUCUGGCAGCCGGUGCUCGUCUACUUCUGGAUCUCGCUCCUUGCUCUCGUCAUUUGCCCUUUCCUGUACAACCCUCACCAGUUCGCAUGGAACGACUUCUUCAUCGACUACCGCGAUUUCCUCCGGUGGCUAUCUCGUGGCAACUCGGUGUCUCACGCCCAGUCCUGGAUCUCCUACUGCCGCCUUUCGCGUACACGAGUCACUGGAUACAAGCGCAAGAUUGUCGGCGACCCGUCCGCGAAGAUGUCGGCCGAUGUCCCAAGAGCUGCUAUUACCAACAUCUUCUUCGGAGAGAUUAUUGCGCCAUUUUGUCUUGUCGUUGUCACCGUCAUCCCUUAUCUGUUCAUCAACGCACAGACAGGUGUCAUAGCGAAUGUCAGCACCGCCAAGCCUACCGCAGCCCUACUACGUGUCGCCGUCUGCGCGCUCGCACCCAUUGCCAUCAACAUGGCUGUGCUUGCUGCCAUGUUUGCUAUGGCAUGCUGUGCUGGUCCUCUGUUGAGCAUGUGCUGCAAGAAGUUCGGUAGUGUUCUUGCUGCCAUUGCGCACGGCUUUGCGGUUGUUAUGAUGCUGGUCUUUUUCGAGGCUAUGUACAUUCUGCAGGGCUUCCAGUUCAGGCCUGCUCUACUGGGUCUGAUUGCCAUGGUCGCCAUCCAGCGCUUUGUGUUCAAGAUCAUCACCUCGCUCGCCUUGACGCGCGAGAUGAAGACAGACCAGUCUAACAUCGCGUUCUGGACGGGCAAGUGGUAUUCUAUGGGCUGGCACUCGAUCUCCCAGCCGGCGCGCGAGUUCCUCUGCAAGAUUACGGAGCUGAGCAUGUUCGCGGGUGAUUUUAUUCUUGGCCACACUCUGUUGUUCUUCAUGCUGCCAGUCAUCCUUAUCCCCAAGGCGGACAUGUUGCACUCGACUAUGCUCUUCUGGCUGCGUCCUAGCCGACAAAUCCGCCCUCCGAUCUACUCGAUGAAGCAGUCCAAGCUGCGCAGACGUCGCGUGAUCCGCUUCUCGAUCCUCUACUUUGUGAUGCUGGUCGUCUUCCUCGCCCUCUUGAUUGCUCCCGCCGUUCUCACCGAGCUCAAGCUCUUUGAUCCGAACAAGACACUUGGCCCCACCGUCAACAAACUCCUCUCCGGUGCGACACUGAUGCAGCCUGUUGGUCUCAACUCUGAUGACACUCGCAAUUCAUCGGCCACUGGCACGGAUGCUGCUACAUACUCCAAGGGGAAGACUUCGACCAAGGCCAAUAACAAACGGGCUAUUGUUACGGGUAGCAUGAACGACGAGCCGUGGGCAUUCCUUAUGUGA